GCGGCCGGUCUGCAGUCGGAGACUUGCAGGCAGCAAACACGGUGCGAAACGAAAGGAGGGGGAAAAAAACUGUAAAAAGCUAAACGUGGAGCAGCCGGCCGGAGAUCGGGAAAAGGAAUCGAUGCGUGGAGCGCAAUAAAAAAAAAAAAAAUUAAAAAAAACAACCCUACAUACUUCGGAGCAAACAGCAUUUAAAAAGCUACGACUCAACUGAAACCUAAGAUAAAACCUGCUCAUGCACCAUGGUUUUUCAAACUCGGAACCCUUCAUGGAUUAUUUUAUGCUACAUCUGGCUGCUCCGCUUUGCACACACCGGGGAGGCGCAGGCUGCAAAGGAAGUACUACUGCUGGAUUCUAAAGCACAACAAACAGAGCUGGAAUGGAUUUCUUCUCCACCCAAUGGGUGGGAAGAAAUUAGCGGUUUGGAUGAGAACUAUACCCCGAUCCGAACAUACCAGGUAUGCCAGGUCAUGGAGCCCAACCAAAACAACUGGCUGCGGACUAACUGGAUUUCGAAAGGCAAUGCACAAAGGAUUUUUGUAGAAUUGAAAUUCACCCUGAGGGAUUGUAACAGUCUUCCUGGAGUCCUGGGAACUUGCAAGGAAACCUUUAAUUUGUACUAUUAUGAAACAGACUACGACACUGGCAGGAAUAUAAGAGAAAACCUCUAUGUAAAAAUAGACACCAUUGCUGCAGAUGAAAGUUUUACCCAAGGUGACCUUGGUGAAAGAAAGAUGAAGCUUAACACUGAGGUGAGAGAGAUUGGACCUUUGUCCAAAAAGGGAUUCUAUCUUGCCUUUCAGGAUGUAGGGGCUUGCAUAGCUUUGGUGUCGGUCAAAGUGUACUACAAGAAGUGCUGGUCCAUUAUUGAGAACUUAGCUAUCUUUCCAGAUACAGUGACUGGUUCAGAAUUUUCCUCUUUAGUCGAGGUCCGAGGGACAUGCGUCAGCAGUGCAGAGGAAGAGGCGGAAAACUCCCCCAGGAUGCACUGCAGUGCAGAAGGAGAAUGGUUAGUGCCCAUUGGAAAAUGUAUCUGCAAAGCAGGCUACCAGCAAAAAGGGGACACUUGCGAACCCUGUGGUCGUGGGUUCUACAAAUCUUCUUCUCAAGAUCUUCAGUGCUCUCGUUGUCCAACUCACAGUUUUUCUGAUAAAGAAGGCUCCUCAAGGUGUGACUGUGAGGACGGGUAUUACAGGGCUCCAUCUGACCCACCAUAUGUGGCAUGCACAAGGCCUCCAUCUGCACCACAGAACCUCAUUUUCAAUAUCAACCAAACCACCGUGAGCUUGGAAUGGAGUCCUCCUGCAGACAAUGGGGGAAGAAACGAUGUGACCUACAGAAUACUGUGUAAGCGGUGCAGCUGGGAGCAGGGCGAGUGCGUUCCUUGCGGGAGUAACAUUGGCUACAUGCCCCAGCAGACUGGAUUAGAGGAUAACUAUGUCACUGUCAUGGACCUGCUGGCCCACGCUAAUUAUACUUUUGAAGUUGAAGCUGUAAAUGGAGUUUCUGACUUAAGUCGAUCCCAGAGGCUCUUUGCAGCUGUCAGUGUCACCACAGGUCAAGCAGCUCCCUCGCAAGUGAGCGGAGUAAUGAAGGAAAGAGUGCUGCAGCGGAGUGUGGAGCUUUCCUGGCAGGAACCGGAGCAUCCCAAUGGAGUCAUCACCGAAUAUGAAAUCAAGUAUUACGAGAAAGAUCAAAGAGAACGGACCUACUCGACAUUAAAAACCAAGUCCACUUCAGCCUCCAUUAAUAACCUGAAGCCAGGAACGGUGUAUGUUUUCCAGAUUCGGGCUUUUACUGCUGCUGGUUAUGGAAAUUACAGUCCCAGACUUGACGUUGCUACACUAGAGGAAGCUACAGGUAAAAUGUUUGAAGCUACGGCAGUCUCCAGCGAACAGAAUCCUGUUAUUAUAAUCGCUGUGGUUGCAGUGGCUGGGACCAUCAUUUUGGUGUUCAUGGUCUUUGGUUUCAUCAUUGGAAGAAGGCACUGUGGCUAUAGCAAAGCUGACCAAGAAGGGGAUGAAGAGCUUUACUUUCAUUUUAAAUUUCCAGGCACCAAAACCUACAUUGACCCUGAAACCUAUGAGGACCCAAAUAGAGCUGUCCAUCAAUUCGCCAAGGAGCUAGAUGCCUCCUGUAUUAAAAUUGAGCGUGUGAUUGGCGCAGGAGAAUUUGGAGAAGUCUGCAGCGGUCGUUUGAAACUUCCAGGGAAAAGAGAUGUUGCAGUAGCCAUAAAAACCCUGAAAGUUGGUUACACAGAAAAACAAAGGAGAGACUUUUUAUGUGAAGCAAGCAUCAUGGGGCAGUUUGACCACCCAAAUGUUGUCCAUUUGGAAGGGGUUGUUACAAGAGGGAAACCAGUCAUGAUUGUGAUAGAAUUUAUGGAAAAUGGAGCCCUAGAUGCAUUUCUCAGGAAACAUGAUGGGCAAUUUACGGUCAUUCAGUUAGUAGGAAUGCUGAGAGGAAUUGCUGCUGGAAUGAGAUAUUUGGCCGAUAUGGGAUAUGUUCACAGGGACCUCGCAGCUCGCAAUAUUCUUGUCAACAGCAAUCUUGUUUGUAAAGUGUCAGAUUUCGGCCUGUCCCGGGUUAUAGAGGACGAUCCAGAAGCUGUCUAUACAACAACUGUAAGGAAAAGUCUACUGCAUCUCUUCAUAUUCCAGAUUUUCCUACCAAGAAAGCAGGCCAUCCAAUACCGGAAAUUCACCUCAGCCAGUGAUGUGUGGAGCUAUGGAAUAGUCAUGUGGGAAGUUAUGUCUUAUGGAGAAAGACCUUACUGGGACAUGUCAAAUCAAGAUGUGAUAAAAGCAAUAGAGGAAGGUUAUCGUUUACCAGCACCCAUGGACUGUCCAGCUGGUCUUCACCAGCUGAUGCUGGACUGUUGGCAGAAGGAACGUGCUGAAAGGCCAAAGUUUGAACAGAUAGUUGGAAUUCUAGACAAAAUGAUUCGAAACCCAAAUAGUCUGAAGACACCCCUGGGAACAUGUAGUAGGCCAAUAAGCCCGCUUUUGGAUCAAAACACUCCUGACUUCACUACCUUUUGUUCAGUUGGAGAAUGGCUACAAGCUAUUAAGAUGGAAAGAUAUAAAGAUAACUUCACAGCAGCCGGCUACAACUCCCUUGAAUCAGUGGCCAGGAUGACUAUCGAGGAUGUGAUGAGUUUAGGGAUCACACUGGUAGGUCAUCAGAAGAAAAUCAUGAGCAGCAUUCAGACUAUGAGGGCACAGAUGCUCCAUUUACAUGGAACUGGCAUCCAAGUGUGA